CCCGGCGGCGGGGCGGGGGCGCCGGGCCCGCUGAGCCUUGCGCUCGUUGACGCCGCGCAGCGGGAAGAUGGUGGGGACCCGCACCAGACCGGACUGAGUGUAGAAAAUAAGAGUAAAUCUGUCAGAAGCACUUUGGCGAAGCAGAGACUGGCAGUGUUCCCCGAUCUCAGAAAUGGCACACCACGGGUUAUGCUCAAGAGAGUCAUACAGAGCCAACCUCAAGUUUCACCGCUGGCACCUCGGAUAUCUAACCAUGAAGACAAACAAGAAGCUCAUGCAGAAGUCCCAUCUAAGAGGGUUUCCAGCAUGGGGGAAUUGCAGCUGCCAGAUGUUGCUCCUGAGAACAGGAUCACUGUAUUCUGCAUGACAAAGAAGAGAAAGAAACUCAGCAUUUCUGAAUUUGAGAGAGCAGCAGAGAGACGACUUCCCCAGUACCAAGCUCAGUCAACGUUGGACAGCACAAUUAUGACUCGUUCCCUUCACAUGUCUGUGGGUUCCUUGCUGGCCCCAGACACUGUUGAAAAGAGGGGCUUGUUCCGGAGGCCAAAAAUCCGCAGGGCUGUUGACAUGCAAGAGUUUGAAGGCAGAGUGGAACAGUACAUGCUGAAGAGCAAAGGGCAGAACUAUCUUGUGGACUCACCAUCUGGGAUUCGAACAAGCAUCCUGACAAGUGAUGCAGAAAUGAUGAUGAAUACUACAGAGCUCUUUGUUCAGCCCCAGCUGCAUGAACAGAGCCAAAAUAAAUCUGCUCUUGAACCCCAACUGUCCAAUUUGAAAACUUCAGCAGAGAGGAGCCUGAUUUCUGAUGCAGAUCAAGAAGAAGCAAGGCUGGAGGGCCUGGUGUCUGGUGUGAGCACAAAUGAGAAAAGAUACUCCAAGAGCUCACGCCUUGAUCAUGAGCAUGUUGACAGAAUGACUCAUAUAUCUCCACAAACCCCUGCAAAACAGCAAGAAGAAAAGCAAGAUCAUUCCCAUCAGAGUAACGGAAUGGCACAGAUUUCUUUUACUGAAGAGGAGGUGGUUUGCAGUAUUUAUAGAUGGAGCUCCUCUCUGUCCUUCACAAGUUCAAGUAAAUAUUUGGGAUCCCCAGUCACUCUAAAUAUUUCCACCAUAUCUUUGAGAGAAGUUGUCUCCCAUAUAAUUGAAGACCUAGAAAUAAGUGAAACAAAAGAAGAGAUGAUUAAUGCAGUGAAUGGAGUGGAACAGGAAAGGAUUUUCCAAGAGGCUGCAGAACAUGGUGCAAAUGCUGGAUAUUCUGAACAUUUGGAGAAGAAACUGUCUGAAAAAGCAGAUUUGCAGAUAACUGCAGCACGAGACAACAGAGGUGAAACAGAAAUGGCUCCUUCAGCAGGAGAGGAACUGGCAGAAGGCAGCAUUGGAGCCCAGGGCUCUCCUACAGCUGACAGUGAGAUUACCAAAGGCAUUGGAGCUGAAAGUCUGGGCAGGCACUCUCAUGCCUUUUCCUCAUUUCGCAAACCUGAGAUGACUCCAUUAAAUGAAACUGAUGAACAAGGAGGUGAACUACAGGACCAGGCUGUCAUGCUAGAGUUGAAUAGUUCAGUGGAAGAGCCUGCUGAGGAUGAAGCUGAAUACCCUGCAAGUCAAGAGGUUUCCAUGAAGACUCCUGCGUUUGUCCGUGCUCCAGCCUCCAACCUCCUGCUGUCAAAGCCACGUGUUGCAAAACCUGCUUCUCCCAGGUCUCCCGUGCAGCAGCUGCAGCCUAAGGUACUUCCAAGGAGAUUGGGAACAUCCGAGAGGAAACCACGUGAGCCUCAAAUACCAAGGAGUUGGAUAAAGGAGGCAUUCAGGCAUUUUGCUAAAAUGCCAGUGACUACAGAUGCAUACAGAAUUGUUGAAAAAUGCUGUGAGAGAUACUUCCAGCAGCUGAGCGAUGAUCUGGAAGCUUACACCCACCAUGCAGGGAGGAAGACAGUGGAGGCAGCUGACUUGGAAGUCCUCAUGAGAAGGCAAGGGCUGGUGACAGACAAGACAUCGCUGAACGUGCUGAUAGAGCGUCACUUCCCUCUGCAGUACCGGAAGCUCCUGAUUCCAGUUGCAGUGAGUGGAAAUAAAGUGAUCUCCAGCAGCUGAAGGUGCAGGGAUGGCCCCUGUGGGGGGGAAGGUGGCCUGCUCCCCUCCCAGGGGCUGGCUGUGGGUUGUUCCAUGGCUCUGCUCCAGGUGAUGCUUUUCCACUCAUAACCAGUCAGACAAUGACUGCUGGCUGUUCUGAGUGGAGGCAGGUUGUGCUGUGUCCACCACACCACCCUGCUGGGUCUUGCCAGCCUUUGUUACGAGUCAUUUGACUAUCCGUAUUUUUAUAUGUUACCUUUGAAUAUUUGUACAGCUCUGAUAAAUAAAAUGUUGCAUGUAUUUUGUGUGAU